CGAUCGAAAGUUCGUGAUAUAAAUACUGCGAUCUUCGGUACAAAAAUAUCAUUUGACGGGUUUGUAUUGAACUGUUGUAACUCUCCCUCGAGCAGCCAUGUCGUCCGACUUCGGAAAUCCUCUGAGAAAAUUCAAAUUGGUCUUCUUAGGUGAACAGAGCGUGGGGAAGACUUCUUUAAUAACAAGGUUUAUGUACGACAGCUUUGACAACACAUACCAAGCAACUAUUGGAAUAGACUUCUUGUCAAAAACAAUGUAUCUUGAAGACAGAACGGUUAGACUGCAAUUGUGGGACACAGCAGGCCAAGAGAGAUUUAGAAGUUUAAUACCUAGCUACAUAAGAGAUUCAAGUGUCGCAGUUGUAGUUUAUGACAUAACAAAUUAUAAUUCUUUCCAACAAACAGCAAAAUGGAUUGAUGAUGUAAGAACAGAGAGAGGAAGUGAUGUGAUUAUUAUGUUAGUUGGAAACAAGACAGAUCUCUCAGACAAAAGACAAGUGACAACAGAAGACGGAGAGAGAAAAGCGAAGGAAUUAAAUGUGAUGUUUAUAGAAACAAGUGCAAAGGCAGGAUAUAAUGUUAAACAGCUCUUCAGGAGAGUCGCUGCAGCAUUACCAGGCAUGGAAAGUACAACAGAUAAAGCAAACAAAGACGACCUUAUAGAAGUUAAACUAAAGGACACACCACAGGAACCCCAACCACAGGCUGGAGGUUGUGCUUGUUGAAUCAAUAUGCACAGUUAUUCCCUGAUGGUGGAGAUUCCAAUGUGGUCAUUUUUAUUCUUCUUUUUUGCUGAAAAUGAACUUAUCAAUCUUGAUCCUGGAAUCAUUUUGUCAAGGUUGAUUGUGCAUGUUAGUGAUAUACCAAAACUGCCAAAUUUGGUAUCUAAUUUAUUAUCUCAUAGGCCACACUUGCUUGGAACCUGCAAGACUUUGUUUUGCCUAAGUUUUAACUAUCAAAAAAAAAAGUUUUGUUGAUAAGUUCUGCUUAGUUAAUUCUAACAUACACAUCUGGGAAAGGUGGCGUGUAAGAAUACAAUAGCUGUGGUUUGUUUAUUUUUCAACCAUAAAAAGUUGAAA